AUGGCGACCCUGGCAAUUGCAUUGAUAGAUGCCGUGUUUGUUCAUCUUCCCGUGCGCAUCUUUGCUGGCGUCGCGAAGGGCACCCAACGAGUCCUCAGCCGCGCCUGCGCAGUUGGACUCUUUCCAGAAUUGAGAUGGCGGGACGGCGACGACGACGAGCCACGCCAACAAUCUGGAGCAUGGGCCCUGAAGCUGGCGGGCUCUGGGGAAACUGCAGACAAUGUAAGUCAAUUUCCUCAAGCAGUAAAUGUCUCGACGGGCCAACAUGCUUCGUUUCACUGCUCUCUUCCCUUCUUUCGUGAAGGGCCCAGCGUAAGCGUACAUUGGUGGAAACAGGGUGAAAAUGAUUUUUUCAUCCCAGGCCCUGACGGGAGAACGAUUUCCGGCGUCAGCACUAAAUUCAGUGGCUUCCUGAAAAUAGCCAAUGUGAGCCGACAGGAUGCCGGAGUAUAUUAUUGUACCAUCACCCGCCGAGGCACUUUAGUUGGCAACGGAACCGGAUCGACAUUAGUUGUGUUGGUUCCGCCAACUCCACUGAAAAUUUACUCUGGAAUUCCCGAGAAGACGGAAUCCUUCUUUAUUCUCUGCGCGACAUCUCCCUUUUACCCAAAGGAUAUCAGCUUCAUCUGGUAUAAAGAUGGUAUAAAAACUACAACGGAUUUAGUUAAUAGCAACAAGCCCACCGCAGAUGGAUUGUAUGAAGCUUCCAGCCGAUUAAAGGUGACACAGUAUGGCCCGUCCGGCACCGUUUACACCUGCCUUGUGAAUCAUGUAACUCGCAGUGUUCCUGCAGCAGCUACUUACGUUGUCAUCAACUCCGACACAGGCAGGACAGGUAUUUACACCAUCAAUUGUGUCAGGAUAAUGUGCGGUUUAGUAACGUUACUACUGCCUCUUCUCGUUGCAUCAUGUUGUAUUGCAAGAAAAAAUAAAGACCAAGCAGAAACCGACGCAUGCUAAAGUGAUCUACGCUCCGCUCGUUACGGCAGGAAACAAGAAAAGAGAGCAAACAAUUGUACGGAUAAUGCCACUGACAACUAACAGCCAAUAAAGCAAAUGCGAGGUGCUGAUGUAAUCUAUUCAGAAUGGAAUCCCGAGUAGUGUCCGUGCUCAAAGUGAUGUCUUGUUAUUUGUGUAAUUACUUAUCAGCUCGUCCAUUCUCUGACAAAAAGCUGCAACAACCCUCAGAGAAAGGACGAGAUUACUAUAUUACAAGCAUGAAGCACUGAUUUUACGUCAAAACUCCUAACCAACUGAGCCCUUCACCUUCAACACUUGGGGUGAUAUGGGUUGCAAAUGAUUGACAAAGUUAUGUUCAAGUAAGUUUCGGUAUCCAUGCGUUUAGCAACUGUGCUCCCUGUCUUUGCAUAUCUUUUGUAAAGGUAGGCACCUAAAUUAUAAUUUCUGUAAAAUAAUAUGCACUCCCAAACGUGCUUUUACCGCAUUCUUUCCAGUCGCUUUGCAAUUGCUGAAUGUUUGAAGAUUAAAAACAAACAUGAUCAGAAAUGGAAACGCUGUACAUCAUAUGAAUAAAAAUCGAAACGAUCAGAGACGAAACCAAUCCGUCUUGACUCGGUUGGGGAAAAAUAAACAUGUAGUGGGAAGCCUUUUGUUGCAUGCUAUCAGUCAAAGAAAAGACUAUACAUGAGUACUAUCAAGCC